AUGGAUAAUCUCCCUGAACAUCUACUCGCUACAAUCGCAGAAUACCUCAACACACGAAUCGAAACACUCUGUUUUCGCGCUGCUUGUAACUCAUUUCGUUCCUCAGUCCCUCCUCCACUCCCGCCACUCUCGCAUUUCAAGAUUCCCUUCCCGCCAGGCAUGACAGACGACGGCCACCUUGAACUCACCGAAUCAACUGUUUACGCCAUUCAACCCCUGGACAAAUCCACCGAAACAUGGUGGGUUAAAGUAGAAGAGUCAAACUCUGGCAAAAUCCAGGUCAUGGAUCCCCUGUUUAAACUUCGUAUCAAAAACUCUUCCGAGAUGUUGCCCGAGUCUUUCAACUUGCUGGAUUAUCGCGUCAAGGAAGUUGCUAAAUCCUGUCGACUCGAGAUGGUAUCAAAUUCUAAUCCCUUUUACCUUGAAAAGGCUGUCGUCUCUUCAGAUGAUGAUAAUGCUGGUGAGUUCGUACUAAUGGCGUUGAUUAGUGACGGCCGAGUGGGCGUGUGGGGAAGCAAAGACGAGAGAUGGGCGAUCAUAGAUUUUGGUUAUGAAAGUUUUUACAGUAAAGAUAUCAUUUAUCACAACAAGAAACUCUACGCUAUGGGAUUCGACGGAGUUACUGUGGCAGUGGAUCCCAAGUCUCUGAACGUCACUGAAGCUGCCGCGGCUCCUGAAAAAUCCCAAUCACAUCUUAUGAUUCACUCUUUGGUAAAAUCAAGGGAUGAUCUGUUUCUGAUCAACACGUAUUGGCUAUACAAAUACUACCAACAUGCCAAAGAAUUUACUGCGUGUAAAGGGAAUUGCGGUUACUUGAUGUAUAUGGAUUUGCGCGGAGUUGAGUUUGAUUUUUAUCCUCCCACAGAGGAUGUUGCGUAUUUUGACUUAGAGGAUCCGUCGGUGGGAUCUCAACCGGGGGCUCUUUCAAAAUAUUGGGAGGCUUUCUGGCCUCCACCCACUUGGCUCAGGCAGAAGCAGAAUUCCCGCUGA